AUGGAUUCCGAUCCCAAGCAGGUUGAACACGAAUUUCGGCUAACAAAGCUUUCCUAUGAUCAUGGAAAUGAUAAAGACGUUCCAAACAAGCAGAAAUAUUGGAGAGUUUCGCUCUUCUUUUACAAGAAACCGGGCAUCUCGGACGAAUACUUUAAUCGACAUUGGCACCAUGUCCACGCAGAUCUCGUAACAGCUUCAAAAGCCUACCUGAAUAACAAUCUUCUUCGCUACAACCAGUUUCGCCAAGAUAGCGAAGCAAAGAAGCUUGCUGAGAGCAUGGAGUAUGGACCGCUGCUGGAUUUUGAUGCUGUGACUGAAUUUUGGGUCAAAGACCUUCAACAGUUCAAAAGGUGCAUGCACAGUGAUGAAUUUGCCGUGUAUAAUAGGGACACUGCGCAUUUCGUAGAUUCUUCUAAGGGAGUUAAGAUCAUGGUAGGGUAUGACAACAUCGUCUUCGGUGAGGCUACACCUGGCUAUGGCAAUGACGGAGUUGUUCGAAGUGACAUCGAAGAAUGGCACAGAAAUAACCCAGAUGCGCCUUUCGCAAAUGUAGCAUAA